AUAUGCUAGCUCUUUGAAACUGACAAAUAUAACUAAAAGAAACAACAAAUAUGGCCGGAGGGGGAGAAGGAGAAGUAACCAACUUGGAGCAGACGCCCACCUGGGUUGUUGCUCUCGUCUGCACAGUCAUCGUUGCCAUCUCUCUUGCUCUUGAAAGAAUUCUUCAUUUUCUUGGCAAGUUUUUGCUCAAGAAAAAACAGAAGCCUCUGUUUGAAGCCCUACAGAAAAUUAAAGAAGAGUUGAUGCUGUUGGGGUUUAUUUCUCUGCUCAUGACUGUGUUCCAGAACAGUAUUCUCAAAAUUUGCAUCUCCAAGCACAAGGCGGAUAUCUGGCUUCCCUGCAAAAAGAGCGAUGAUGACGACACUCACGCCGCCAAGGGGCCGCCGGCUUCCACUUCGCACUUCCAGACGGCCUUCACUUUCGUCUCUUCAUUUCUUCCUCCCGCCGGAGCAACGCGCCGCCUUCUCUCUGAAUCCAGGAACGCGCAGUACUGUCCUGACAAGGGGAAAGUACCUUUGCUAUCUAUUGAAGCACUGCAUCAUCUUCAUACAUUUAUAUUUGUGUUGGCUGUUUCCCACGUCCUUUUCUCUGCUUUCACAAUGAUAUUUGGGAGUUUGAAGAUACGGCAGUGGAAAGCUUGGGAAGACUCUAUUCAGAAACAAGAGUCUAAUCCAGACCAAGCUGCUGCAUCACCCAAUGUUGUGCAUGUCCACGAGCAUGAUUUUGUCAAGGCUCGAUUUCUAGGGUUUGGCAAACGCACCACAUUGUUGAGUUGGUUUCAAUCCUUUUUCAAACAAAUUUUUGCAUCUGUCACAAGAUCAGAUUAUACAACACUAAGGCUUGGCUUCAUUAUGACUCAUUGUAGGGGGAACCGGACGUUCAAUUUUUAUGAGUACAUGAUACGUGCCCUUGAAGCUGAUUUCAAGAGAGUUGUAGGAAUAAGUUGGUAUCUUUGGGUGUUCGUCGUUGCUUUCCUGCUUCUGAAUGUUCAUGGCUGGCAUGCGUAUUUCUGGAUAGCAUUCAUUCCCUUGGUUCUUUUGCUUGCUGUGGGGACUAAACUAGAGCACGUGAUAACUCAACUGGCGGAAGAGGUUGCUUCAAAGCACGUGGCUCUUGAAGGGGGAGACCUCAUCGUUAACCCUUCAGAUGAUCACUUCUGGUUUCAUAGACCACGCCUAGUACUCAUUCUCAUUCAUAUAAUCCUAUUCCAAAAUUCCUUUGAGAUUGCAUUUUUCUUCUGGAUUUGGGUCCAAUACGGUUUUGACUCGUGCAUCAUGGGGCAAGUCGGCUACAUCAUCCCCAGACUAGUCAUAGGGGUGUUUGUACAGUUUCUCUGCAGUUACAGCACUCUGCCUCUCUAUGCAAUUGUUACUCAGAUGGGAAGUUCAUUCAAGAAAGCUAUAUUCCAAGAGCAUAUACAAGAGGGCCUUGUUGGGUGGGCUAAGAAGGCAAGAAGAAGAGCUGCAUUUGGCCCUAGCCAAGUUGCAGCAGGCACCAGAGAUUCAUCACCUCAUCAUAUGGCAGUUGAGAUGGCACAAGUAGUUGGGGAUGGGAAUGGUGAUGAGGAAUCUUCCAUGUCAAAAGCUCCUGAAAUCAAGCCUGCAAACAAAGAUUAGCUAUAGCUGGGUUCACUUAUAGUAACAAAGUCCCCCAGAGAGUGAUAUAUAGUGCCUUUAAUUUUCUACAACUUGUAUUAUUAUUAUUAUUAUUAUUCAUCAAUAGUUUGAAAGAACUUAACCAAUUAAGCAAGCCACACUCAUGACUGGCUUUCAAUUUCAACAAUCCAUAAAGAUGAGAUAAUUCGCAGUA